UCCGUUAUAAAACCCCUGUGGUCGCCGUGCGCAGACGACGCUACGCUCGCCUACGUUGUUUUCCUCAUCGCCGGGGUUCCACAGAUUGCCGCUGAACUACGCUACUGCGAAGUCGGUAUUGACAGCGGCACAACAGACGCGGAAUAAGUUACAGAUGGACCAGCAGGCCCAGUCCUAUAUGCUUGCCAGUUUAACACGGCCUCACUCAGAGCAGUUGCUGCAGGGCCUACAGCUUCUGCGGCAGGAUCAUGAACUGUGUGACAUUGUACUGCGUGUGGGUGAUGCUAAGAUCCAUGCCCAUAAAGUAGUGCUGGCCAGCAUCAGCCCCUACUUCAAGGCCAUGUUCACUGGGAACCUGUCUGAAAAGGAAACGUCGGAAGUGGAAUUCCAGUGUAUCGACGAGGCUGCGCUUCAGGCCAUCGUGGAGUAUGCCUACACGGGCACAGUCUUCAUCUCCCAGGAGACAGUGGAGUCGCUCCUGCCUGCCGCCAACCUGCUCCAGGUGAAACUGGUGCUCAAGGAGUGCUGCUCCUUCCUUGAGAGCCAGUUGGACGCCGGGAACUGCAUCGGCAUCUCUCGCUUUGCCGAGACGUACGGCUGCCACGACCUGUGUUUGGCCGCCACCAAAUUCAUCUGUCAGAACUUUGAGGAAGUGUGCAAAACGGAAGAGUUUAUCGAGCUGACGCGGGCCGAGCUGGACGAGAUUGUUUCCAACGACUGUCUAAAGGUGGUCACGGAGGAGUCAGUGUUCUUCGCGCUGGAGUCCUGGAUCAAGUACGACGUGACCGAGAGGCAGCAGCAUCUGGCGCAGCUGCUGCACUGCGUGCGCUUGCCUCUCCUCAGUGUCAAAUUCCUCACGCGCCUUUACGAAGCCAACCACCUUAUACGUGACGACCACGCAUGCAAGCACUUACUCAACGAGGCCCUUAAAUAUCACUUCAUGCCAGAGCACCGGCUCUCCUACCAGACGGUGCUGUCCACCAGACCCCGAUGUGCCCCCAAGGUGCUGCUUGCGGUCGGGGGCAAGGCGGGUCUUUUUGCCACGCUAGAAAGCAUGGAGAUGUACUUCCCACAGACGGACUCGUGGAUAGGGCUGGCCCCACUCAGCGUGCCUCGAUACGAGUUUGGCGUGGCGGUGCUGGACCAGAAGGUGUACGUGGUGGGGGGCAUCGCCACGCACAUGAGGCAAGGCAUCAGCUACCGCAGACUAGAGAGCACCGUGGAGUGCUGGGACCCCGACAGCAACACCUGGUCCUCGGUGGAGCGCAUGGCCGAGCGCCGCAGCACCCUCGGAGUGGUGGUCUUGGCGGGGGAGCUCUACGCGCUGGGCGGCUACGACGGCCAGUACUACCUCCAGUCGGUGGAGAAAUACGUCCCCAAAUUGAAGGAGUGGCAACCCGUGGCGCCCAUGAGCAAGUCCCGUAGCUGCUUUGCCACUGCCGUGCUGGAUGGCAUGGUGUAUGCCAUCGGGGGCUACGGCCCGGCGCAUAUGAACAGUGUGGAGCGUUACGACCCCAGUAAGGAUGCCUGGGAAAUGGUAGCCCCCAUGGCAGACAAGAGGAUCAACUUUGGGGUCGGAGUCAUGUUGGGAUUCAUCUUUGUGGUGGGCGGACACAACGGUGUGUCCCACCUCUCCAGCAUCGAGCGGUACGACCCGCACCAAAACCAAUGGACCGCCUGUCGACCAAUGAAUGAACCGCGAACUGGUGUCGGCUCCGCCAUCGUGGACAACUACCUCUAUGUGGUGGGGGGCCACUCGGGGUCGUCCUACCUGAACACUGUCCAGCGCUACGACCCCAUUUCGGACAGCUGGCUGGACUCCAGUGGCAUGAUGUACUGCCGCUGUAACUUUGGCCUGACUGCCCUUUGACCCAUGGCCCAGCCGGCCAGGACUCCGUAAGAGAAGACUCGGGACGAAAAGGCGGUUCUUUUUGUUUCUCUUUCCUCUUUCCCCCCACCUUCCCCCCCCCUCCCCCCCGACCCCCCCCCGCGCUCAGCCUCCAGGGCCCGUACGAGGCACCUCGCCGACGUGAUUCCCCAGAGGAGGGAGCCUGCUGGGUGGGUACAUGCUCCAGGGCCAGCUAGCUCGCUCGCUCGCUAGCUAGCUGGUGCAGAGGAGCACCAAGAUGGCGGCACAAAAUGAAGAGGUGCUGCUCAAUGGGGUAGGAGGAGAAUGAGGACAGGCAGUUGUCACCGAGGCGAUGAAGAGACGGCCGCUGCUGUACUCUGCAGCUGAGCCCUUUAACACGGGCAAGAAAUCUGUAACUUUUUUAUUUUGGUGUGUGUGUGUGUGUGUGUGUGUGUGUGUGUGUGUGUGUGUGUGUGUGUGUGUGUGUGUGUGUGUGUGUGUGUGUGUGUGUGUGUGUGUGUGUGUGUGUGUGUGUGGCUUCAUUAAAAAAAUAAAUAUAAAUCUUUAAUUACUUUAAGAAGGGCUGCCUUUUUUCUCUCCUGUAAAUAGUCCAAAUGGUUUGUGUACUGAUUCAGUGGUCAAUGGAGAGAUGACCCACCCUCACAGGCCCAGGCCAACACACAGGUGGCUGUGCUUUCAACAUACACCCCCCCCCCCCCCCCCCCACAUGUCUGUUUCUGCCUAACCCUGGGAGCCAAUGAGAAAUGCCUGUUACACCUCUGUGCGUCGGUGUGUUAUUUCUCUGGAAAAGCAACCUGGAUCCUACCCUCCUCCCCCCUGGAUUAAUAACCAAUACUAACUGGUGCUAUAUGUAGGAUUCAGGAGCCCUUUCUGUUCGUCGCCUAACAUAAAUUAUUGUUAAUAUAAAUAAUUUUGUUUUUUUUCUUGACCGUUUUUAGUUUACUUCUAUUCAGCUGGAACGUUAGUCUGCUUUGAAAUGCCCCUGAAUCUUACACCUCCUGACCUGCCCAUGCAAUAAAACAAAAUCUCCGUCCCAUUUAAAGCAAUGCUUUUGGCUUAAAAACCUAUACAUUCCUGUCCAUAUUGCGUAAGGUUGGUAUAAUUGGACAUUGGUGUGAUCUUCAAAUAGUCGUCUUGGUUCGCUCGUUAAGAGGCCUCAGAGAAGGCAGUUGAUCUCGCCCCCACCACCUCUCUCCUCGCAGCACAUGAAAUGCUUAAUCUUUCUUUUAAUUCACAGGGAUGAUGUAAUACCUAGUCUGCCACUUAUUUUAGUUUCUUAAAACCUGAGCCUUGUGUUGGAGGUUCCACGGCAACCUCGGAUUAAGUGAUCUAAUCAUGAUUCUGCAAGUGCCAAAACAUGCCUGUUUUUGUGUUUUCCUCCCAUGUCGUGACAUUACUUUCCUCACCGGUAAUGCUCAAACAAUAGCCUGUUGGCGCUUAGUUCCCUGAAUGCAUACGUCUUGUGUCCUCUUAUGCGGUCAUGAAGGAGGAUGAUUAGAAAGCAGUCAAUCAGGCCGUGUUGUUCCUGUAUGACCCAUCCUGUGGCAUUUUGAAGGAAAUGUUUUCCUGCGUCCCAGCUGCGGGAGGGCAUUGCUUCCUUCAUGGGCAGGGCCAGGCAGAGCAUUGAGAGGGAGCAAAAGAAAAGGAAAAAAACCUGUAAUGUGGCGCAUCCAUUUAAGUGUCUGUUCAUGUCGACGUCAAGUUUGAGCUGCAUUGUAUGUUUGCACAGAAGUGGAGACUUGCAUUGCACUUACCAAACUAUUUGAUACAUAUUGUAAUUUGUACAUAUGUUUUAUUUAGACUGAUGGCAUUUAGAUGAUGCAAUAAGACUUAUUUAUCUGUGGAUCAAUACCUUUUGUUUUUCUGUUCCUUUAGUCAUUUUUAACAAGCCAAGGUAUCUCGUAUUGCUGUAACGGAAUAACGCGUGGCAUGUAUGUUGAGUAGUGAGAAAUGCUUGACUGACAAGCCAUCGAAAUGUGCUCUUUGUGUGGCAUCAUUUUUAGGUUGUGUGCAUGCAGGUUCAAAGGGAUUGCUCAACAGUUGAUUCGUCUUUGGCUUCACAUAAGUUGCACCGUAGCCUGUGCUAUAAGCCACACAUAAACAUUUGACUUUACCAUUGAACACUUGGCAAUGACGUGGGCUUCUCUAGUAGCCCCUGCAGGCAACAUUUUACGGUUUUACUAGAUGUUUUGUUUUUCCUUCCCAAACUGGCCUGUCCCACAAAUUUGCCUUGUGGUGAUAACUUAUGAGACAUUACUUCUUCAAGUAGACAUUAAUGACAAACAUUAGACUGCAAACCUGGAUUUUAUUUUAGAAAAACAGCGAUGGAAUGAUUUUUUUUAUUAUUGCAUAUGUUCUGUAACAAUACUCACCGAUUUGUUUUUGUUUUUUAUGUAACGCUCGUCACUUAAAAUCAAAGUCUAUUAGCAGGAGCACAAAUUAUGCAGGCAUAAUUAUGUGCGUUUCUCAUUGUUUAUUAAGUGUAUGUUUUGUCGUACUGUGUGGGCGUGUGUAUUUCAGGAAUUUUGCGUAAGUGGUUCAUACAUAUUCUUGAAUCGUUAGAGGAAGCCUGAUAAAAUCUGCAAACGUGAAAUCUGCAAAGAAAAUACGAAAAAAAUGAUUUUCAAGUAAAUGCUAAUUUUAUUUUAUUUAUGGCCUAACCCUAUGUGACGUUUUGCCACCACUUUCACCAAAGUGCUUGUUAUAACUAAAAAUGCAGCUUCGGGAGGACCAACAACAUCAGUUCUGGAACCUGCCAAGCUACAGUUUAGACUCUACAGACGGAAUCCUUUGAAGCUGAUGUCAAUGUUUAGCCAAAUUACCACUCUGCUUCUACUGCAUUUCCAUUAUGUGUGUCUGAAGUAAGGUGAUAAUCUUGAAUCUUUUAUAUCCUGUGGACUCUUACUGGAUGCACAAGAUGACCUUAGAUAUAGACUGUAGCUCUUUGGUUCACCACAUGUUAACAUAUUUUACUUAAAGACAUUUUCCAUACAUUUUAGUCUGUUUGUUGGUGCAGUUGUACCCAGUUAAAAUAAAUGCCUGCCUUAUAAAGGUACUCCUUA